CAGACGACCUGAAAUCUGUACUAACAAAUACUAGUGCGUGGCCUCCCAAGUAGUGAAGUUCUACUUCUAGUCAAGUGUGGGAGUCCAUCAUCAGCCUUAAUGAUGCUACAAUCAUGGAUACGUUGGUUCACUGCUCUAGUGUGUAUUUCAAGCUUCUUUAUGGCACAACAAGGACACUUUGUCAAAGCGGAAUAUCAGCAGCAGGCCCCUCACGAAUGCCUACGUACGUGCGAGUGGCCACCGAAACCCAAGAUCUGCCGCUAUGACUUCACCAUUGAGUGGUUUCACACCAUGUCCACCGACUGCAUGGACUGCCCUUACAACCAGACCCACUGCUAUCGUCCCCAGUGUAUACCAGCUGAUGGUGUGCCACGUGCCAUCAUAGUGAUCAACAAGCUGUUGCCAGGACCGAGCAUUCAGGUUUGUGAGCACGAUAUCAUUGAAGUGAAAGUCCAGAACAACCUAAUCAACGGCGAGAGUGUGGCUAUCCACUGGCACGGCAUCCACCAACGAGGAACGCCCCACAUGGACGGGGUCCCGUUGAUCACCCAGUGUCCCAUCCCCUACCGGUCCAGCUUCACCUACAAAUUCAAGGCGGAGACGGUCGGCACGCACUUUUGGCACGUCCACGGGGCUCAGUUAAGCGAUGGUGCCUUUGGAUCGUUAGUCGUUCGUCAGGCCGCCCCCGACGACGUGCACAGCAGCCUGUACGACCACGACCUAGGCGAACACGUCAUCUUCGUCCACGACUGGAUCCACCAAGUCUUUAUCGAGCGGUACAGCUCGGUAGUCUUCUACGACAUCAACGUGACUCCAGAUACCUUAAUGAUCAACGGGGAGGGGCGGCAUGCGAAGUUCGCCCACGAAGCCUCCAAUGACACAAUCUACACGCCCCGUCACAAUGUUAAAGUGGAGCGAAAUCAGAGGUACCGCAUCCGUGUCAUCGCCAACGCCGGUAUGGAUUGCAUGUUUGAGGUGUCCGUCGAUGAACACAAUCUGACUGUCAUUGCCAGCGACGGCGCGCCUUUCCAACCAAUCGAGGUCGGCACUCUGGGCCUGUCCAGCGGUGAACGAUUUGAUUUUGUCCUGGACGCAAGAGCGGACGUCGGCAAGUACUGGAUGAGAAUCAAGGGACAAGAUUCCUGUGAGGAUAUGCAGGGAUUGGCCUUGCUGAUCUACGAGGGGGCAGAAGACCUUCCAGAACCAUCCGAAGAGUCGCCUAGCCAGAUGGGCGUUUUGCUCAACCCGUUUAACAUGAAGAGCUCACCUGGUGUUGUGAAUACAAAUGAGCUGAUAGCAAUCGGAGAUGACACAUGGACCGGCGACGAAACCACCGAUGAAGUUUACUAUAUUGGCUCUCAGUUCGAGUUCAUCAACAACCCAACCUACAACCACCCAGUGUACAAUCCUGCCUUCGGUGUGCCCGGGGACCUGUCCACCUACCAUGGGAUUCCCACCCCGCAGGUCAAUCACGUGACCUACAGGCACUCAACAAAGCCUCUCCUGACCCAGUCGCGCGAGAUCUCCGAGUUCGAGAUUUGCAGCUACGAGAGCACACAGGCCGUCCAGGAGCACUGCGAGGUCGAGUAUUGCGAAUGCACUCAUGUCCUCGAGAUCAAACUUGGAAAGGUGGUGGAGCUGGUGUUGAUCGACAAGGGUCUUGUGUUCGAUGGUGCCCACCCAAUGCACCUCCAUGGCUACCGGUUCCAGGUCCUAGCCAUGGACAAUCUUGGCGAUGCGACCUCGGUCGAGGAAGUGAAACGUCUCGAUGAAGCAGGCAAUAUUACCCGACGAUACCUGAAUGCACCACUGAAGGACACGAUUCCUGUUCCGGACGGGGGAUAUGUCGUGGUUCGCUUCAAGGCAGAUAACCCCGGCUGGUGGUUCUUUCACUGCCACUUGGGCUUUCAUUUUCUGGCCGGCAUGUCGCUGGUCAUCCACGUGGGCUCGGAUGACGAUCUUCCACCGAUACCGCAGGAUUUACCGAGGUGCGGUGGAGACUGGUACCCGAAAGAGGACCCGAUGACUGGGGGUCCUACACCAACCGAGACGCCUAACAGCGCUGCCAUCGCACAGGGUGGCACAGGGACCCUUGCUUUGGUUUGCGUCUUGGGUGUCAUGCUGCCACUCUUUUCAAAGUCAUGUUAGAAAUGGAAGUUCUCACACUUUGACGGCAUGCAGCAUCCUUGCUCUUAACUAGGAAGCACUCUGUGAUAUCUUCUUACACCUCUUAAAUAGAUCCCUAGUUAACCUAUGUAAUGUAAUUAAAACAAAAUCAUAUAGAGGUAUCAUUUUAGGUAUUUUAUGGAGCAAGUGGUGUAUAUUAUUCAAUUUGUAGCUAACAUAGCUUGAUUUAUUUUUUACUCCUGUUUGCGAUUACCGGGAUUAUUAAAUCAGGGUUGUUAAAAUGUCUGCCUUGUUAAAUAUUUUUAAAGCCUUGUGUAAUUUUUUUUAAAGGGAAAUUUCGGCCUGGAAUGCGCCCA